CAGUGUUGCCAAACUGGACAAUUUAUACCAGGAAUUGGGCAACGUUUUCGUAGUUCGUAAUGCCAAAAUUGAUUUUUGCUAUUUUGUUUAUUAGGGCCCAUAGCGCAUCUCACUGGGUUACUUUUUGUUAAUCAAAUAGGCAACACUGCCUGCUAGUGCGAAGCGAAGUCAUCUGAGCCGAUAGGUGGCACUGUUGCCAGCAAAGUAACAUACUACUACAAUAAAAGAAGACACAACUCAAACAAACUAGGAUAAUGCCAUCGAGACAUUAUUAAGAGAAUUCUGAGGCGUCGCAUAUGGAAAACCAAGCUUUUCGGUUUUCUGCUCUUGUGCCGUUUGUUCAGAUAGCUAACGUUUAAUGGUCAGCGAUGGCAGUUGAACAAUUUGUGUCAAAGACUCUUGAGCUUCUACAGGAGGAGAGAGAGGCUGAAAUACAGGAGACCCAGACAUGGCAGGAAAACAUCUCACCUAAAGAUCUUCAAAAUAAAGGAGUUUGCCUUUUGAAACUGCAGAUAGGAAGUCAGUCCACAGGCUUGUAUGGCCGCACAGUUGUUGUCCUAGAGCCAAGAAAGCAUCUUGGCUUCUCAUCUCUUCCAAGCAACAACUUUGGACCCGGUGAUAUAGUUGGCUUGUAUGACACCAGUGGAUGCACUGCAGCCUCACAGAUUGGCACAGGGGUAGUGACGAGAGCCAGCCAAGCAUCUAUAAGUGUAGCAUUUGAUGAUUCAAAGGAUGAGCUUGGUUUUAACCCAGACGCUCUUUACAACCUCCUAAAGCUGGCAAACGAUAUCACCUACAAACGAAUGAAGCAUGCCUUGAAUGCAUUAAAUGGAUACAACAAUGGGCCAGCUGCCAAUCUGAUAAGUGUUCUAUUUGGAGACACAAAACCUUCUUCUCAAUCACAGCCAAAUGAAGUUCAGUUCUUAAAUUUGAACCUGGAUGAUUCCCAGAGAGAAGCUGUGUCCUUUGCUUUGUCUCAGAGAGAACUGGCUGUGAUUCAUGGACCUCCAGGUACUGGGAAGACCACUACAGUGGUGGAAAUCAUCCUACAAGCUGUCAAACAAGGCCAAAAGGUCCUAUGCUGUGCCCCCUCUAAUGUGGCUGUGGAUAAUUUAGUGGAGAGGUUAGCCCGAUGCAAGGCCAGGGUCGUGAGGCUGGGUCACCCCGCCAGACUGCUGGAGUCCAUACAGAAACAUUCACUGGACGCCAUCCUUGCUCAGAGCGACAACGCAAAUAUCAUCGCUGACAUCCGUAAAGACAUUGAUAAAGCUUUUAUGGGAAAUAAGAAGAUGCAUGAAAAAGGAGAGCGGGUGAACUUCAGAAAAGAAAUAGGGGAGCUGAGAAAAGAGUUGAAAACCAGGGAAGCCACAGCCAUCACACAGAUCCUGAAAAGUGCUGAUGUUGUGUUGUCAACCAACACAGGUGCUUGUGAUGGUGGGCCACUGAAGUUCCUGCCAGCAGAGCAUUUUGACUGGGUGGUGAUAGAUGAGUGUGCUCAGGCCCUGGAGAGCUGCUGCUGGAUUGCUCUGCUCAGAUCACGCAAGUGCAUCCUGGCUGGAGACUACAAGCAGUUACCACCUACUAUCAAAUCACAAACUGCUGCAUCAAAAGGUUUGUCUCUCAGUCUUAUGGAAAGACUUAUCCAGAUGUAUGGGGACUCGGUGGUCCGUAUGCUAACAGUGCAGUACCGCAUGAACAGUGCCAUCAUGGAGUGGGCCUCCAAAGAGAUGUACCAGGGAAGACUGACUGCUCACAGCUCUGUGGAGAAACAUUUGUUAAAAGAUCUACCAGGAGUCACCAGUGUCGAUGAGACCAGCACACCACUGCUUCUGAUCGACACUGCAGGCUGUGGUCUCAGUGAAAUGGAGGUCCCAGAUGAGCAGUCCAAAGGCAAUCAAGGUGAGGCAGACAUUGUUGAAGUGCACAUAAAGACUUUGACUGAAGCUGGGGUUAAAGCUAAAGAUAUAGCUGUUAUUGCGCCGUACAAUUUACAGGUUGAUCUUCUGCGUCAGAAGCUUUCUGCGAGGCAUCCAGAGCUGGAGAUAAAGUCAGUGGACGGGUUUCAAGGGAGAGAGAAAGAGGCUGUGGUGCUGUCGUUAGUUCGUUCCAACAGAAAAGGUGAAGUUGGCUUUUUGGCAGAGGACAGAAGAAUAAAUGUGGCUGUUACACGUGCGAGACGCCACAUCGCUGUAGUGUGCGACACACAAACUGUCCGGAAUCAUGCUUUCCUGAAGUCCCUGAUUGAUCAUAUGACUGAGUUUGGCGAGGUCAGAACAGCAUUUGAGUAUGUCCAAGAUAUUGUGCCACAGAACUACACUCGCAGCAACAAAGACAUAAAGGCUAAAAUGUCUGCCAGCAGCUCCACAUCUACCAAACAGAAGGUCAAAGAUCAGCCUCCCAGCAAGGUGAAGCAAGGAGAGAGGAAAUCCACCAGUAAGGAAAACACUACUGGUUCAGAGAAUCACACAAAGUGCUACACAUCUGCACAGACAGAGGAAGAACAGCACAAAGAAAGAUACACAGAGAUCAGAGAGCAGGUGGAGAACUUUCUGAGGGACUUAAAUCAGAAGGAACUUCAGUUUCCAUCAUCCUUUAACUCUCACGACCGCCUGCUGGUUCACCAGAUUGCUGAGGAACUAGGCCUCAUGCAUGAGAGCAAAGGUGAGGGGAGAGACAGGUGUAUCACUGUCUCCAGGCCCCUGGGGUCAACACCAGCUGAGGAGCUGACACAAGCCAAAGAAGAAGAAGCCAAGGAAGAGGAAACAGGCCCAAAUCCCCAAAGAGAGACAUUGUGUCAACCGCCAUUAGAUUUGAAAAGUUUACAUUUGGAGCGAAUGAAGAGGGAACAGCAGAGAAGGGAAGAAAGCGCUCAACAAAAAAAGCAACAGAACAGCAUCCCAGCAGCUCAGGCCCAGUCCUCCAAGAAGGCCAAAGGAAAGAACAGAACAAAGGCAGGCGCCUGCGACAUCGCUGCUGCUGCGGCUUCGGAUGAUGACUUUGACACACUCAUCACCGCUGUCAUGAAGGCUGACAGUGUGUGUAGUUUUGUCAAGUGUAAGGCGUCGGUGCUAACCCUUGGACAACUUUGCCUUUUCUGCAACAGACAGUAUUGUCUCAGUCAUCAUAUACCAGAGGUUCACGGCUGUGGAGAUAAAGCCAAGUGUCAUGCUCGGAUGAGAAUUAGCAAAGAAGGUGUUCUUUAUGCUGGCAGUGGGAAAAAAGACAAAUCCAUCGACCCCAAUAAGAAAGCUUAUCUGCAAAGAAAACUGGACUCUAAACUGAAAGAUAUGGCAUCUCAGAGGAAACCAAAAAACAAAGACAAGGACAGUUAAUGUCACCAAAUGAACAGAACAGAAGGCAUUUGUUCUGAACAAGAUUAAAUCUUUCAAAUAUGUCAAAGUCUUUGUUAUUGUUUGUUAU